ACUGCCUCUGACCCUUCUCUCCUGCAGGCAUGAGCCUGGCCCACACCACUGUGCUCCUGUGGGUGUGGGGCAGUCUCCAGGCCUUUGAAAUUGUGGAGAAGGAGAACAUUUUUCAGAAAACCCCCUGCCCAGCUUUCUUGAUGUUUGACAACGCAGCCUACCUGGCCGACAUGAGCUUCGAGCUCCCCUGCCACUGCAAGCCCGAGGAGGUGUCAGCUGUGGUCUGGUACUACCAAAAGCACCUCAGCAGCAGCCACACCAAAGUGCUGACCGACUUCGACGGGCGAGUGCUGACGGAGGCGGCUUACGUGCGCGGGGGCAGUGACAUGCUGGUCCGCUUCAGCAUCCGCAUGUUCAGCCUGCUGGUCUUCAGGGCCCAGCCCGAGGACUCAGGCCUGUACUUCUGCGGCACCCGGAAGGGGGACUACUUUUAUGCCUACGAUGUGGACAUCCAGAGCAAUGAGGGGAUGGUGGCCACAUUCAAGGACGAAGGCCAGGAGCCCUUCGAAGAUGAGUACCAUGGGGACCUGCAUGUCUUCACCACCUUCUGGGAGUGGACCCCCUGUGACCGCUGCGGGGUGCGUGGGGAGCAGUGGCGCAUUGGCCUCUGCUACCUGCAGAGCCCAGACCUCUCCCCACGCUACCAUAAGACAAUGCCUGACGUGGUGUCCUGUGGUUCACAGGCUGUGCCAAGGAAGCUGCGAACCAUGGCCAGGGACCACAUGCCUGAGUUGCUGGUUCGGAGCUGCCUGGUGUCCUGUGAGAAGAGAAAGACAAUCCGAGAGGGCAUGCUGGCCAUCUUUAACUACGUGUCCAAAGUGGGCAGCCGGCCCUGGGUGCCCCAGGUGCCCAUUCAGUUCCACAAGCAGAGGCUGGGCCACGGACUCAUCAUCUCCUGCCCUGGUGCCCGGCCAGAGCACGCUGUCGCCUGGGACAAGGACCACCAGCACCUGUACCGCACACAAUACCUGAAGGGCGUCAACAGGUCCAUGCGGGUGUUCAUCGAUCAUGGCAACCAGCUCCACAUUCGCUUCACCCAGCUGAGUGACCGGGGCAUCUAUUAUUGCUGGCGGCAGGGGGUACGAGUUGCCGGGUUCCGGCUGGCUGUGAAAUCCCGAGGGCACUACCAGGUCUCCUUCUCAGACCCCGAGACUCGCUCUGUCCUCCAGCUCACCCUGAUAGGCUACCUGCUCAUCACGGCAGUCUUUGUCACUAUUCACCUCUGUCGCUGCUGCUGUUACUUAUUUCGCUGUUGUCCCAACUUCUCCCCCUAGGCUGUCUCCUCCCCAGUCCUGAAGACCAGUUAUGCUUAAAUGUGUUUGUGCAAUGAUACCAGAUGCCUCUGGAUGGGCAUCCUGGGCUGGGACACGUGGCAAGGAGGUGUGGACAUAUCUGUUAGUUACAACCUGCUAUUUUCAAGGGUGGAUCUGGGGCCUGAUCUGGGAAGUGGGGAAGCCAGAGGCAGGUGGGAUUCUGGGGACUCAAGUCAGGCUGGAGGUAGCCAGGGUGCAUGUGUUUUCUGACUUUAUGCUCAGAUCAGAGAAGAAGAAAACCAAAAAACCCACUGCCGUCAAGUGGAUUUGGACUCAUAGCGACCCUAUAGGACAAAGUAGAACUGCCCCAUAGAGUUUCCAAGGAGCGCCUGGUGGAUUUGAACUGCUGACCUGUUGGUUAGCAGCCAUAGCACUUAACCACUACGCUACCAGGGUUUCCAGAGAGGAAGAAAUGAACCCAAUAUUUAUCAAAUGGCCUAGUCUGCGUGGAAUAGUGUCUGAGGUACUUUUACCUUCUUGCCUUUGAAGAUUGCUGAGUGGGUACUGAUUGAAUUGGGGUAGCAGGGAGAGGAAAGAAGAAAAGAGGACCAUCCUAGUCUAUGCACCUUUGGCUUCCUCCCCAACCUUGUCUUCAGACUGGCAGGAAGAAAUGGAGCAUUUGGGAAUAAAGGUAAAGACUAGUACAAGGGGUAAUGUGCUUGGCUGCUAACUGAGAAGUUGGAGGUUCAAGUCCAUCUAGAGGCACCUUGGAAGAAAGGCCUGCCAAUCUACUUCUGAAAAGUCAGCCAUUGUAAACCUGAGGGAGCACAGUUCCACUCAGCAAGCGCAUGGGGUUGCCAUGAGUUAGAGUCCACUUGAUGGCAACUGGUAGUACAGGGGAAAUGGGCAAGGAAAGUGGGGAUCAAAUUCAGUGCUUUCCUGAGAGAUGUACGCAGGCUGAGGGUUGGGGGCAAGAAGAGAGGGAGGGAGCAAUAGGUCAGGGGCUUCAGGGCGACUGCGGCAGAGUGGGGUCGGAGGAUUUGUCAUGUGGCUCUGUGACUACUGCUGCGGUAGUCUGCAGGUGGGGGCAUCCCAAGAUGAUCAGUGAUAAGAAGCAAGUUGCGUCUUGUCCAAGGCUAUGUCCUCCCCCCCAGCCCCACCUCUCUGACAGAUCCAAGUCCACUCUGGGGAAGGCCACAGCAUUUGUCUUUAUUUUUUCUCAAUGACUAAAAGCAGCAGCAGUGCCCUGAAGUUCAGCAGCAGGUGGCAGGAGGGGUUGAGGGGAGAGGGCACCAAAUCUUGAGAAAGAGGGAAGGACCUCUACGUCUCCCUCCUUUUGGCCUUCGAGCAGAGGCGGGGACCCUGGAGUGGGCCUUCUCAGCUCUACUUCUGGGCCUGCUGUUGUCUUCCCAGGGAAAGCAGAGCAGGUGCUCUGGGAUGGAAGCUGCCCUGAGCUGCCCUCAAGUUCUUGGUUUAUAAAAUAGGGUGCUGCCUAAAAUACGGGAGUAUGUUUUGUGUGUGGGUGAGAGGGGACCAAAAGGUGCCCCUGGCUUAGGGAAAAGCAGCUGGUUGCUGUGGGGUAGAGAGGGUCAUUUGCCAGGAUCAGGAGACAGCAGCACGAGGGGUCUGGAGCCUGGAUGGACAGGGACUAGAAAGCAAGGCAGAGACCUUUGGAACUAGAACAAAGCUGUGCCACCCCACCCCACCCCACACCUCCCAUGCCAUGGGCAGCAGCCCUACUCUCUCCUGUUUCAGCAGCAUCUUCAAGAAGAUGAAUCACUUCUUGAUUUCCAUGACCCACAGGUCAAAUGUCACCCACAGCGCCCUACUAUCCCCAUCAGCAGCCCCUCCAGCCUGUAUGGAGGGCUUUGCCUCUCUGUACCCAUACCUAGGGCCAGGCAGCCCCCCUCUACUCCCUCCCUGUACCCCUUCCCUCUCUACUUACACUAUCAUCCCCCAAGUUCUGAGAAUCAAGCUCCCACAUGCCCACAGGAUCCCACAGGCUGGUUCCCUGGAUGGCAGCUCAGUGGGGCUGAGACAUGAGUUACCGCUCAGGAGCCCCUCUGGGAUCUGGGAAUAUCUGUCUGGUGACCACGCCAGGUGACAGGACAUGUCCACCUACUUGCAGUCUGGCCAGGGUCAGGUUAGAAGAAUAAGCCUCUAGCCAGGGGUCCCUUGCCUGCGGGGACUCUCCCUUCCUGUCUCAGAGUCUGUUUUCCUCCCGCAGCUGGAGGAAACUCAGAGACCCAGUUCCCAGACAGUUGCAGAGACUGGCUCUGGCAACAGUUGCCAUAACAACAAGUACUGGGGAUGUGGAGGGUGAUUUGUCAGGUUCCUCUGCCCUCCCCAGCUUCUCCCCUCCUAAUUCUAACCUAAGCUGCUGGCCAUGCUCCUUCAGGCCGCCCCUUUGGGGUGAGUGAGCGCAAUGCAGCUCCCAGCAUUAGUGCCGUUAGUUGGAGUUGCUGGGUGCCAGUGGGUGCUGUCUGGCAGGCCUAAUGCUGAUGAGGCCUAGGGUAGCGAGCUGGCAAGGAGGGAAAGGUGUGGGGAGGGUGGGAACGCAGAUCUGGGGAGAUCAGCUAACAGAGGAGGGGCAGCUACCCUGCCUCCGACUGUGGGCCCUCACACUGUGGGUCAGGGGCCGCUGGGUGGAUCCUGUGUCACAUCACGUCCUUGUGCUCCUGCUUGGACUCCUUGAUGACCUGUAGGGGACAGGGAAGGUACACAGUGCAACAGUUAGGAGCUCAUACAGACCCCAGCCCAGCCCACCGCUGCGAGGCUGUGUAAGCUUGGGCAAGUCCCCAACCCCCCUGGAUCUUUCUUUCUAUGAUAACCAUAGUCAGGGAAGUAAAUGAGAUAUGCCUAUAAAGCAUU